CCGCUAGGGGCGGGGCGACGUUGUGCUCUGGGUUCGCCGGCUUACGCACUUCCUCCUGGGCUCGGAGGCCGAAUCACCGCGUGGCGGGUUCGAGUACCGCCUCCUGACUCUGGCCUCUAGCCCUUAAGUCCAGGGCGGGGUGCUUUCGCCGGGUAAAGCCUCUCCUCGACAAGGGGCGGCCGCAUACCUGGGGCUUCACCAUGGAGGACUACCUGCAGGGUUGUCGAGCUGCUCUGCAGGAGUCCCGACCUCUACAUGUUGUACUAGGAAAUGAAGCCUGCGACUUGGACUCCAUGGUGUCUGCUCUUGCCCUGGCUUUUUACCUAGCAAAGACAACUGAGGCAGAGGAAGUCUUUGUGCCUGUUUUAAACAUAAAACGUUCUGAGCUACCUCUACGAGGUGACAACGUCUUCUUCCUUCAUAAGGUUAACAUUCCAGAGGCCAUCUUGAUUUUUCGGGAUGAGAUUGACCUCCAUGCAUUGCACCAGGCUGGCCAACUCACCCUCAUACUUGUUGACCAUCAUGUCUUACCCAAAAGUGAUGCUGCCCUGGAGGAGGUAGUGGCAGAGGUGCUAGACCAUCGACCAAUAGAGCAGAAGCGCUGCCCUUCCUGCCAUGUUUCAGUGGAGUUGGUGGGGUCCUGCGCUACCCUAGUGACUGAGAGAAUCCUGCAGGGGGCGCCAGAGAUCUUGGACAGGCAAACCGCAGCUCUUCUGCACGGAACCAUCAUUUUGGACUGUGUCAAUAUGGAUCUUAAAAUUGGGAAAGCAACCUUAAAGGACAGCCAAUAUGUGGAGAAACUGGAGGCCCUCUUCCCAGAUCUGCCUGAGAGAAAUGACAUCUUUGAUUCUCUACAAAAGGCAAAGUUUGACAUAUCAGGACUGACCACUGAGCAGAUGCUGAGAAAGGAUCAGAAGACCAUCUAUAGACAAGGCAUCAAGAUGGCCAUCAGUGCCAUAUAUAUGGAUUUAGAGGCCUUUCUGCAGAGGUCUGGCCUCCUCGCAGAUCUCCAUGCUUUCUGCCAGGCUCACAACUAUGAUGUCCUGGUCACCAUGACUAUCUUUUUCAACACUCACAAUGAGCCAGUGCGACAGUUGGCUAUUUUCUGUCCCCAUCUGGCACUCCGAAUGACGAUCUGUGAAGUCCUGGAACACUCCCUCUCUCCAUCUCUGAAGCUGACUCCUGCUUCAAGCACCCACCCUAACCUCCAAGCCUAUCUUCAAGGCAACACCCAGGUCUCUCGAAAAAAACUUCUGCCUCUGCUCCAGGAAGCCCUGUCAGUAUAUUUUGACUCCACAAAGACCUCUUCAGGGCAGCCUGAGACAGUGGUUGUGUCCCGGGAGCAGAUGGACAAGGAAUUUGACAGGGCAAAUAACUCCUUGAUUCCUGGACUCAGUCAAGAUGAGGAGGACCCACCACUACCCCCCACACCCAUGAACAGCUUGGUGGAUGAGUGCCCUCUGGAUCAAGGACUGCCUAAACUCUCUGCAGAGGCUGUCUUUGAGAAGUGCAAUCAAAUUUCCCUGUCACAGUCUGUCACUGCCUCCCUGGCAAAGAAGUGACUGUGGGGAGGGGAGGGGAUGAUGGGUGAGGUUACAUGACCUACCCUCAAAUGCAUGUUUUGAGAUGUGUGGAGAUUCACCAAUUCUGUCUUCAUUGCUCCAGAAUCUGUAACCUGUUCUUGUAAGCUGGGAAGAGAAA